AUGGCAUCAUCGCCAGCUGCAGGCAGCUCGCACCUGCCACGUACGCACUCUAACGAUGCCGCAACUCCAGGUGCACACUCCAGAGAGCGAUCCAACUCAUCUGUACCGCUCGCCAAGCGAUUCAAGUCCGACCAUGCUGACGCCUCUGCCGCAGGCCCGUCCAUCAACGGCGCUUCCAACGGUCAAGAUGUGGGCACAGCACAGGCUUCGGCCGGGACCAGACCUGCUGCCGCUGCGAAUCCCGCGCCGGAGCAAAAGGACAACUUUGACAGUCUCGUCGACGUCAUGGGCGCUUCCGGUGUCGACCUGCAAGCCGAAGAAGAAGCCAUCCAGCGUCGAGAGCUUAUGCAACGAUCUCAAGGCGCGCAACACCACGCAGCACGACCCGACGACGACGACCUCUUCCUGCAGAUGUAUCCUCUCGCGUUAAAGGUGCACACCCUAGCGCAAGAGCAUGGGCUGAGCGUCGACGCGGCCGUGCUCAACUAUCUCUCCCUCGCUGCGAGGACGCGGUUGAAGAACGUGCUCGAAAACAUGAUCGCCUCGUCCCGGCAUCGCAGCUGGUCGUCGCACCAACACCCGCCACCUCUUUUCCCGUCGACGUCGCAGCCCAUGUAUCACGAGCAGAUCCUCAGCGACCCGGUGAAGCAGCUUGCGGCGCUCGAAAAGGCCGAGAGGGGAGACGAGGCGCGGCGGCGACGCGAGCGUCUUGCGCGAGAUGAAGAGAGCUCCGCUCUCGCAGCCGGCGGUGGCGACGCGGACAUGGACAUGGAUGACCCGACGGGUGCCAAGGGGGACGGUCGGAAGAGGCCCAAGAAGAUCGGUCCCGGUGUGGCGGCGAGGAACAUGUCCGAGGAUGUGCGCAAACGGUUAGCUGACAGCACGGCGAUGCGAAACUUGGGCGGUGGGUCGGCAAAGUAUUCGUGGCUGUCUGGCGGAUCGACGUUCCCGAGCUCGUUCAGCCCGUUGGGUGGGAAGAAGGGAAAGGCGGAUGGAGAGGAUGGGAAGUCGGCCAGUCGGUUGCCCAAACCGAAGUUUGCACCGCAGCCAACUGUGUCUGAUUGGAGCGGGGUCAGUGCAGGCGACGCGUCUGCUGGCGGUGCGGGGUCAGCUUCAACGGGCGCGUGGGGUGACGUGGCGGCGAGACAGGCGGCAAAGGAGGAAGAAGAAAGGCAGGCCAGGCUCAAGGUCACCCUACGAGACGCACUGUUUGCGUUGGAGUACGAGAGAAGGGCGGGUGCAGGAUAUGGGAGCGGCGAAACGCUGCUGUAUCGGUUGCGCGCUGGUGGCGAGCAGAUGCUCAAAGCCAAAGAGACGUGA